CAAAGCCCGCGCGUGAGCGGCGCCCUCGGCCCGCGCGCCCACCUCCGGGUGAGCCUCAAAGCAGGAGCUCCAAAUCAGCCUCCCAUCUGACAGCCAUCAGCCGCUGCUGCCACCACCCACCUGUCGCCUGCCCGGGCCUGUCACUGCCGCCUCUCAGCAGGGGCAGAGGAUGAAAGAAGGCAUGUCCAACAACAGCACCACUAGCAUCUCCCAAGCCCGGAAGGCUGUCGAGCAGCUGAAAAUGGAAGCCUGUAUGGACAGGGUGAAGGUGUCCCAGGCGGCCGCAGACCUCCUGGCCUACUGCGAAGCCCACGUGCGCGAAGACCCUCUCAUCAUCCCAGUGCCUGCGUCAGAAAACCCCUUCCGGGAGAAGAAGUUCUUUUGCACCAUCCUCUGACCCCGUUUGUUAUGAAGUGUCUCCUUGUCCGUCCGGAAACUCCCUGGUAGAGCCCGCAUGUCCUUAGCAGUAGGGCUUCCAACCACCCCUGUCCCCACCUUGUCCCCACCCGCCCGGGCCGGUCUCCCUUCAUCCGUUUUCUUCUCUGCAUUCGAUUCCACUACUUCCUGUCAUUCUCGUGUUAUUUGCAUUAUCAGCAAAGAAAGUAGACAUUUUUGUAGCAAAUAACAAAUGCACCAAGUCCAAAUAAGUAUGAGAUUAAGGGUUUCUUUUUUUAUUUAAACAUCAAUUCGAGGAUUUAAAUACAUCAAAUUAAUACAUCCCAGUGGAUAAUUUAUUGAAAAGAGAAAAACCAGGGGUGUCUGGGUGGC